AGUCGCAGCCCCGUCGCCUCUAGGAUAAGGCCUGCCGAGCAGAGAGAGAGAGAGAGAGAGAGAGAGAGAGAGAGAGGCGGAGAAGAAGACGUUCGAUUCAUGAAAUAGCUUAAUCGUCGACAUUACACUCAUACUCAUCCAAGGGGACAUGGAAAGCAGCAGCAGUCAAAAUGGUGGCAUUUUGUGGUUCUUCAAAGAUCGUGGUUUUGAUGAUAAAAGUAUCUGUGAAAUGUUUAAAAAGUGCAAGCGCUUAGAAAGUGUGCAGAGGGAAAGGGCAUCUGAGAACUGGGCUUACUUGAGAAGCAUUGGCGUUCAAGAGAGAAAGCUCCCUUUUGUUGUCUCAAAGUGCCCAAAGAUCCUCACUCUGGGCCUGAAUGAGAAACUUGUCCCCAUGGUUGAGUGCCUUGCGACGCUGGGAACAAAACCUACUGAGGUUGCUUCAGCAAUAAGCAGAUUCCCUCAUAUACUUGCUCAUAGUGUUGAAGAGAAGCUUUGCCCACUCCUAGCUUUCUUUCAAGCACUGGGUGUCCCGGAAAAGCAACUCGGGAGGAUGAUAUUGCUCAAUCCUAGGCUAAUCAGCUACAGCAUUGAAUCAAAGCUUGUACAAAUUGUGGACUUUCUUGCUAGUCUUGCCUUUGAUAGAGAAGUGACAAUUGGGAAAAUUCUGGCAAAAAACCCAUUUAUUAUGGGGUAUAGUGUUGAUAAAAGGCUACGCCCCACAACAGAGUUCUUGAAAUUACUGGGCCUGACACAGCUGGAUCUUCAAAGAGUGGCAAUCAACCACCCUGAAGUUUUGUGUAGAGAUGUAAACAAGAUUCUGAAGCCCAAUUUUUCUUAUUUGAAGAGAUGCGGGUUUGAAGAUAGACAGGUAGCGACUUUGGUGACAGGGUAUCCACCUAUCCUGAUCAAAAGCAUCAAGAAUUCUUUAGGGCCUAGGAUCAAUUUUUUGGUAGAUGUAAUGGGGAGACAAAUUGAUGAAGUUGUUGAUUAUCCCGACUUCUUUCGUCAUGGUUUGAAAAAGAGAUUGGAAUUUAGGCAAAAACUUCUAAGCCAGAGGAAAAUAGAUUGUAGCUUGAGUGAAAUGCUGGACUGUAAUGAAAAGAAGUUCUUGUUGAAGUAUGGUCUGAUCGAAGGAGUUGUCUAAGGCAUGACAAUUGCAUCCUUCUCUGGUUGCCUUUUUUCCCCUAGUCUGUAGAUCAAAUUCUAUUUAUCAAAAGCAUAUAAAGACUGUAUUUCUCCAGAUGCUGUUCAAACAUUUAUAUAUCAUGGGUUUCAGGGAAUGCAAAAAUCUUUAGGUCUA